AUGGCUUCGUCGCUUCACCCCGUAAAGAAAAGAAACCAAAAUCAUACUCCUUCUCUGCAUCAGAAAUCAAGAAUACCAGUCAGAAUGACUCGCCUGAGCAGAGAGAGUAAGAGAAGAUCUUUGUCAGAGAACGAGUCUGAUAACAAAGCGCAGCUAAAACAGGUCUGCAAAGAUGAGAAAGAACCACGCGUCACAACUGAGAAACUUGAAACGUACCGAAAGAUGAUAAAAACUUUGCAGGCUGACCUGGAAGAGAGCCAAGUUGAGAUAAAGCGAAUGCAGCUUAAGGAAGAAUACAAAGAAAGAGAGCUGGCAAAUUUAAAACGUGAUUUCAAGAGAAAGGAGCGAAAAUGGGAAGAAGGAAAUGCAUUCGUGGAAAAGGUUAUGGUGGAAAGAAGAGAGCUAUUGGAUGAUGUUGAUUACUUGGAGGAAAGCUUAAAGAACAGUCAAGAAAGGAAUGAAGAUCUGAUGUUUGAGGUUGAUGAGCUGAAGAUAACGAUACAGGAAAUGAACAGGGAGGAAGGGAUGGAACACAGUCGCGAUGGACGCGGACAUCUACGCGAGGAAGUAGAGCUACUAAAUGGAUCCCAGGAGUUUAAUGAACAGCGAAUAGCUCUGUUAGAGAGUCAAGUGGAAGCGUUUAAAGCCGAAAGAGAAGAGUUCUUGGAUGAUGUUGAUUACUUGGAGGAAUGUUUGAAAAACAGUCAAGAAAGAAAUGAAGAUCUGGUGUUUGAGGUUGAUGAGCUGAAGAUAUCGAUACAGGAAAUGAAAAGGGAGUACAUGAUGGAACACGGUCGCGGUGGAUGCGGGCAUCUACGCGAGGAAGUAGAGUUACUAAAUGGAUCCCUAGAGUUGAAUGAACAGCGAAUGGUUCUGUUAGAUUACCAAUACCAUGAGAUAAAAUGUGACACCUCAAAGACUUCAAUGGAUCUCAAAGAUGAAAUUGCGAAGUUACAAAAAGAAAAAUCCAAACUAUCCUCGUUACUAUCAAAGGCAUCAGAAGAAGAAAACCAGUUGUAUGAGUUAAAAUUUGAAAACUCAAGGAUCACAAGAACAUUUGAAGAUCAUAUAACAAGGUUAAGAAGAGAGAACUGCACUUUGACUGCCAUACUAUUAAUGGCUUGCGAAAAGGAUGACCAGUUGACAGAACUGAAAGAAAAAGGAGAACUGAAGAAGCAAAAAGAGUGUGGUUCUUAUCCAGAGAAAGAGCUCUACGUGAGAAUUGGACAUCAAGAGAAUCAGAUGGUAACCAGGAGAGAAAAAGCUGCUUUACAUCAGAUAAUGUUUUUGGAUGAUGAAAGUGAUGUGGCAGCCCGUAGUCAAGGAGACACUAUGAAUAUAUGGGUGAAUGACUCCAGGAUGGUGGAACGUUUUGAAACAAGGAGAGAUCAACACUUCGACCGCGUCAGUAUUACCGCUAAAGUUGACCUCACCAUGCGGAAACUCUCAGCACACGGAUCACCUAAUAUCGUUUCGAUCCUUCUCUGCAGUGUUUAA